AAGACCCUUCAUGAAAGAGGAGCUGUUCGACCUUUAACCGGCAAAGAAGAUUCUCUCAAUCCUUUGCACUUGAUCCUCUCGCGACAUCACUUCAAUGGCGGCAUUCGCAAGGAUCGGCGGCCGGCAUCUGAAAUCCACCGGCCUGAUAAACUCACCCGCCUCAUAUUUCUUCGAUCAACGCCGUGGCGUUGCCUCCAAACUCUUUGUUGGCGGAUUAUCGUUUUACACUACCGAGCAAGGAUUGUCCGAGGCAUUUUCACAAUGUGGCCAACUCAAAUAGUCAUGGAUAGAGUCUCUGACAGAUCCAAAGGUUUCGGUUUUGUGACAUUUGCUUCCGAUGAUGAAGCUCGCAAGGCUUUGAUGGAGUUUAACGGACAGCAAUUAAACGGCCGUGUGAUAUUCGUGAACUACGCAAAGCGAAGCCAAAUUUUGGUGGUGGUGGUGGCUUACCAGUAGCUAGAGGACCACCUGAGCGAGUGGUAGUAGCUGACACGACAUCGGAAACAUUGAAAAGUGACGAAACGAAAUGAAAAUAGCCAGAAAGCAGAGAAAGCUCCGGUAGAUUUGUUCUUAGUUUAUGUGUAGGAGCAAGACUCAGUAUUAGCUUUCUACUUGCUCUUUGCUUCUUUAUGAUAACUGGGAAUGAUCUUUCAUUAGAUGGAAUUGUAGCAGAUGUAAUUAUCAUAUCAAAAAGGAGAAGUAUUACAGAACAGUGUGGUUGUCAAAUUCAUCAAAACAAAGAUAACCGAUUUUAAAACCGAACUAUUACAAUAACCGAUGCGAAAGCUAACCGAA